AUGUUCAAGGCACUUUACCGCUGUAUCUGCAGGUUUUUUGGCCGAAUUAAACCCAAACAAAGAGAUACUUUGCAGCGCAGGACUGACCAUGGAGCUAAUAUAGACAUUGAAGAGGCAUUAGCAGAGGAACUAGAGAUUCAGAGACGUAGUGGACGUGUGCUUUCUUCAACUGCAAGCAUCGCUGCUGCACUACGACAUCGUCCUCGUGACGCCAUUCCAGUCUUCUCGACCCAGUGGGGAAACGAUGAGCACCGUGACUCCUCGGACUUAGCGACCAAGAGUGCUGUGGAGGAGACGCAAAGUCUUAUCCCAAAUUGUAUUGGUCAAACACAUGAAAAGCACGAGGUUUUGAAGAGCGCCAAGUCCCCCAUGUUCAGCCAGACGGCAAUGUCUAGCAGGAUUUCGUCUAGCCCCGGCUCUUCGUUUAAGAUUCCCGAAUCGGUACCUGAAGAUAUUGAGCCAGAGAAUGAGAUGGAGACGAACAGGACAAUUGUUGCAGCAACAGAGAGAUUAUCUGAGAUGAAUCCUCGUCGCUCGUCAAUCUUCGACAUGCGGUCAGAGUGGAUUUAA